AUGACAACAAAUCUCUUUAGCUUCUCUCUCCUCAUAUUCUCUCUCACCCUCCUUUUCCUAACCAUACUAUACAGUGAAAAGCUUUACAAGAUUGAUAGACAUGAAAAUGAAAUCAUGUCUAUAAACAUAAACUUUGCCUCAAGAUUAAGUAGAAGUACCCCUCGAUGGUACCAAGUUGUGGCAAGAAAGAUGAAUAGAAAAAAGAUCAAAAUCGGUUUACUUCACGUUGCAAACGGAUCAUUCAGUGAAAAAAUGGUAUACGAAGAAGAAGUAGAGGUGGUGAACAUACUCUUUGAACCUGUUUCUAAGGAAGUAAAGUGGAAUGACCUAUUCCCAGAGUGGGUUGAUGAAACUUUACCAUGGGACUCAACCAGGUGCCCGUAUAUCCCGAUGCCACAGUUUGACAAGUACGAUGACCUAGACGUGGUUGUGGCCAACGUUCCAUGUGGAGAAGGAAGGAGAGGCCGCGGUAGAAAUUACGAUGAUGUUCUAAGGUUACAAGUGAAUUUGAUGGUAGCUAACUUGUUGGUAAGAAGUGGGAGAAAGAAUGUUAAUGGGAUUGAUGACCACAAAGUAUUUGCUGUGUUUGGAGGAUCAUGUGGUCCUAUGUGGGAGAUUUUUCGAUGCGAUGACCUGCUAUGGCAUGAAGGGAAGUCUUGGGUUUAUAGGCCUGACUUGGGAAAACUGAAGCAGAAGGUGCUCAUGCCUGUUGGCUCAUGUCAGCUUGCCCCUCCCAUUGCAGAACCAGGCCAAGACGGAAGGGACAAGGCAAAAGAAGCUUAUGUUAGUGUACUUCAUUCAUCAGAAGAUUACGUCUGCGGUGCAAUAGCUUUGGCUCAAAGCAUAAUUAGAUCAAACUCUACUAAAGACCUCAUCCUGCUCGUAGACGAUUCAAUAUCCACGAAAUCCUUACAAGGGCUAAAAGCAGCAGGAUGGAAAAUCAAGCACAUAACACGAAUCCGCAGCCCUCAUGCAAGAAGUGAAACGUAUAAUGAGUGGAACUACAGCAAACUCCGGAUAUGGCAACUCACAGAAUACAGCAAGCUUAUAUUCAUCGACUCUGACUUCAUAGUUCUGCGAAACACAGAUGAAUUCUUCAUUUACCCACAACUAUCAGCAGCUGGGAACAGCCGGUACGUCUUCAACUCCGGAUUCAUGUUGGUUGAGCCAUCAAACUGCACGUUUGAGACCCUCAUGAGACAAAGAAUCAAGGUGGCAUCUUACAACGGGGGAGACCAGGGAUUCCUUAACGAAAUGUUCAUGUGGUGGCAUCGGUGGCCGACUAAGCUGAAUUUUCUCAAGGAUUUCAAUCUCCUGCCUAAUUACUCAAUGCAUGAACUCAUCCCUCAAGAUGUCUAUGCUUUGCAUUACUUAGGAUUCAAGCCGUGGAUGUGCCGUCAAGAUCAGGACUACGAUUGCAACUGGGAUGUGCCUGAAAAUAAGCGGUUUGCAAGUGAUUCAGCUCAUCGGAUAUGGAGGCAAGUGUACAAUAGCAUGCCCAGUAUACUUAGAGUUCAUUGUGUGUUGACUCCAGAAAUGGAAGCUAGAAAAAGAAUGCACAUAGCAACAAUGGAUUUUAAUGGCAGAUUUGGUAGAAAGUUUGUCGACAAUUUGUAACAACGAAAUGGUAAUAGAGGAUCGAAUUUUCUGUUGCAAAGUAUAUUUUAUCAUCUAGACAUUCUUGUUUACUUU